GCUGUAGGCACUGGUUAAGCUGUCACUAAACUGGCUUGUGAUUGUUCAUGAUGAGAGUGAUAGUUAUGGUGAUGAAGAGUUAGAAAGUGUCAGGAAGGAGGAUGAUUCUUGGGAAAGAUGAAGAUAGAGCAAAAGGGUCCUUUUUUAGGUGAAAAAGGUGUUUAUUGGCAAAUUGGGAGGUUGAUUGAAAGUAGAUUAGGAUUUGAAAGAAAGGGCGAUUGAUUUCGAUUGUUGUUGUCAGUUGUAGCUUGACAAUCCAACAGUCAAUAAGCUGAAAAAAUAAGCAAAAAAUUUCGCUGCAAAGAGACGUUCAAUUACAUUAAUAUUUGCAAGUUUUACUUUUCUCCCUCUUCUUUUGUCUUCUUGCUCCUUAUUGUGCUGUGAUCUUAUUCAUCAUCAUCAUAGUCAUCGGUCGUCUUCAUCAUCUACUUAUUGCUUCACCUUUCUCUUCAACGGUUAUCUCCGUUAUUAGUAAUCAGUUCAAUACUAACAAGUGAAGUAAAACUGAGGACAUUGUGUUGCUGCUUUUUUUUGUUUUUACACUUUUAUUUCAUCUUCAGCCGUGACAAGGUAAAGAAGCCAUCUUCAACUCAUCAUGAAUCGAUAUUGGAUUGUUUCCUGUGAAUUUUUUAUUUUAUUUUGUUUUUUAACCAACCCAUUAUUAGCUGAUGAUAGCUCAGCUCCAUCUAAACCUGAUAAUGAUACAUCAAUAACCAAGAGACUUGGAUUGGUCAACUAUCUUUUCCCUGAGCCAAGUGAACUUGCAUCUUCUUCAUUGUCUUCAUCUCUUAACGGUAUAUCCAAUCCUCUAAGUCGUUCAUCCAUAAAUGGCCACUGGAUUUUCCCUCAAAAUUCACGAAAUUUAUUUUCAAUUGCAUCUCUCGUUCCUGGAGGAACUACAAUGGAUCUGGCUGAAUCAGUUCCUCGUUUUUCCUACUCCCGGUUCAUGAAAGACGCUGGAGUUCCUUCCCUGUCUGGAUUCAAUGAUACUCUUGGAAAUAGUUCAUCAGCUUAUUCUGAAUAUGGUCGUCGAAAUGGUGGUUCACCAGGAUCGGUAACAUCUUCACCAAACAACAAUCAACAAAAUGGACGUGAAUCAACUUCAGGUCAAUCAAGAUCAGAUGGUAAUGAUGAUGUUGAUAUCGAUGCUGAACUUAAAGCUGCCGAUAAAGUUGUUGAAUCAGCUAUUGAAUCAGGCUCAGACUCUAGUCCAUCAUCAACUCCAGGUCCUUUAGGAGACGGAAGAGGUUUCAGACCAGGAAUGCGUUCACGACCAAUGAGAGGCUUCAGACCUGGUGGUUUUGACGGACACUAUGGACCAAAUGGGUAUCGUAUGAGAGGUUUAUCAGCUAAUGGUGGACCUUCAUCUUUCUCCCCAAUCCGAGGGCUUGCCGGUGGACCUGGUCUCUGGUCACCCUCUGGUUUCCCUCUUUCUGCUUAUCAAAUGGGUGCAGCUCGAUCACCUUUCAACAUGGGAAUGAAAUCAGGUCAUUUAUCCGACUUUGCAAACUCUGAAGGAGCUCGAGGAAAUCAAAUCUCCAUGAAUCCCCUUCUUUGGAAUGAAAUUGAUGCUUUAACUGCUUCCGCUGGUGCAUCCGGUGCUUCUGUCCCUGGUUCUGCUUCUGGUCACGCUGGCUCACAAUUUGAUGUUUCUGCUUUCCCCUUGUCUGGAUUAAUGGGCGCCGAAAAUUAUCCUAGUCUUAUCGGUGGACCUAAUCCCUUAGGACUCUUCCCUCUCCCUGCUCCAUCAUCAUCUGCCAAUGGUCAACUUCAUCCUUCUGCUUCAACCACUCAUGGACAGAUACUCCCAAGCCCUCUCCAAGCCCCUGGAGCUCCUGGUCUUCCAGGUUUAUCUGGUUCUCUUCCCGGUGUUGGUUUAGCUGGUUUACCUCCUGCAAUGGCCCCUGGUACUCCUGGAGCCCCUGGAGCAGAUGCUAGUCUUGCCGAUUUACAAAAAGCCCAUCCAGGUCUUCACCCCGAACAGUACCAAUACCUUCAACAAUGGUACAACUACCUUAACCAACCUUCAAUCAAAUCAUAUGUAGACAGUUUCCGUGACCCCGAAGAUUCAUCGUCUUCUUCCUCCAAUAACAAUGGUGCUAAAUCAGGUUCAUCACCUUCUUCAUCUUCAUCUUCUAACUCUGAUGCCAAUAAGGACGGUAAUCGACCUUGGUUCAGAAACCUUCGUCUCUUCCCAAACAUGGACAUGAGUCGACUUCAACUUCCUCGAGUUCGAGAAAUGUUCCGUAACUUCCGAACUGGCUUAGGAUCACCGGCAUCAACAAGUACCACAACUGAAUCAUCAACUGGUCCUUUCAACGUUUGAUAACGUACGUAAUUGGAUGAGAUUUUAAUUAACGACGAUUAUGAUGAUCAUCUUAGGGAUUUAUUUUUCUUCUUUUCCCCAUUUCUUAAUUUCCCCGUCUUCUACUUAGUCACCUAUUCCUUCACCUUUCUUUUUUUACUGCUGCUGUUGUUGUUGGUAUUGUUGACAUCAACACUAUCAACGCCAUCAUCAUCAUUAUCAUCAUCAUAUUGUGGCUUCUUGACCGUGCCAAAAAUGAUCUUAAGUCGACCAGAAUAAUCUCCAACCUUCAAUCUCUCAUGCGUUGUUUCAAUGCCUUUUUUCAAUGAAAA